AUGGAAGAGGCUGAGCAGAGCAAGAGGAGGAUGAGCUCCCCAUGUACCAAGAGCACUACAAUGCUCUCUUCUCCAUGGACUUUGUGGAGACCAAGUACCCACAUGAUGACACAUGAGAGCCCUUGGAUCUUUGAGGAUGUGGAGUUGGUGCUCAAGAACAUGCAAUUGGGGAAGUUCUUCUCUCACCGCAUGGAGUCUUACAAGGAGUCACUUGAAGGCCACUGGACAAUCAAUGAGGGAGAAGUCAAGCUCCUUGACAUGGGAAUCAAGCCUAUCAUCUCACGCACAAGGAUGGGAAGAAGAUCAGAGGAGAUAGGGCACAUGCAGGAACUCAUGCCUCUCCUUGAGCAGCUCCAAGCCUACAAGGUCACAGCUUACAACACUAGGCACCAAGAGGAAGAAAGCUUAGUGUUGGAGGGGUGA